ACGACUUUGCGAGCGUCGGUUGACGACGUGGCCGGCGUUGUUGAGCAUACCGGGCCGAUUUAAACUCAGUUCAGCCGUUAAGUGCGUGUCCACCUUCUCCGGUUUGCCGGUAACCGUAGUGUUUAUUUUUCCUUUGACGUUCUAACGUCUACCUCUUUGUAGCUGUGUCAGAAAAUGUCGGGGAAAAUGAAGAGCCGAAACGCGGCGAACGCGGACUCGGUGUCGGGCAGCGUGUCCUGCGAUGAGCGCAUCCUCAAGGAGUGCCAUCAGAUGUACACCGAUACAGACAGCGGAUUAAUAUCAAUAGCUCAGUCUGUGGGUGUGACUCUGCUGCCUCCCAGGAAGAAGAUCACUGUGAUGCUGAUGGGAAACCACUCGGCUGGAAAAAGCUCCUUCAUUAACUGGUACGUCGAGGAGCAUAUCCAAAGGACAGGAGUUGCGAUUGAGACACAGGGCUUCACUUUUGUUACUAGUGGGCGUAAGAGGGAGUCACUGACGGGAAAUGCAACUCUCCACCUGUAUCCUCACUUUAAAGCACUGCAAGACUUUAAAGGUGUGUCUGAAUACGUCGGCACCGAGAUCUGCACUUCUCGGCAGAAGCGUUUCAGCUUGGUGACUUUUGUGGACACUCCUGGACUGGUGGAUGGAGAUAUGAAGUAUCCCUUUGAUGUGGAUCAGGCCAUCCUUUGGCUAGGUGAUGUGUGUGAUCUGAUCCUGGUCUUCUUCGACCCGAUGGGACAGGCUCUGUGCAAGCGCACGCUCAACAUCGUGGAGCAACUCAACGAAAGGCAGGGAGAUCGACUCCGCUUUUACCUCAGCAAAGCUGACGAGGCUGGAGGAGAGUCAGACAGACAGAGAGUGAUGAUGCAGAUUGUGCAGGAGUUGUGUAAACGUCCAGGACUCAACAAGUGUGGCUUUGACAUGCCUACUAUCUACAUCCCCAAUCCCAACAAGCCCAGUCGAUGUGUCAAUCAGAUCGAGGAGGUGUGUCGCACCAUAGAGAAGACCAUAAACCAGACCGUCCAGAACACUCUGAACACACUGGAGAAGGACUGCGAGCUCAUCAGCGAGGCUGUUACUGAUACGCUCAACAACGACCGGCAGUGCAGUAUGGAGAACAGGCGUGCUCGCUGUAAGAGCUGUCUCUUGAGCCUUCUGGGGUUCAGCGUGCCCUUACUGCUGCUCUUCUUUCUGGUACUCGGAAGUCUGUCAAGGGACAUCCUGGAGCUAGCCCUGGGUGCUAAGGGCACUGAAACUCUCUCGCUCUAUCUGGCUCCAGUAGUGAAGGCGUCUGAAUCUCUGUCUGUGGAAACACAGCUGUAUGUUUGUGGUGGCCUUGUCCUGCUCUCCUUCAUCCUUCUUAUCCUCGCUCGCUUCUCUUCCCGCACAAGGCCGACUCUGUCCGGAAAACAAAAGAGGCAGUUGCAGGAAAAACUGGAGUAUGUGCAGGAAGUGGUGAAAACUAAAAAGAAGAAGCUGUAUGAGGAGUACCUCCGGCAGAGUGUUGGUGAUCAGGAUAUGGACUAAAGGUUUUUUUUUUUUUGGUUGAAGUUCUGCAGGAGUGAUGAAUAGAAAGAGCAGUGAACAAAUAGUAGGAAGGAUAUAAAUAACCACUAAAUGUUCCUGCACUUUAGAACAGCGAUAAUGUAGAAGCUUUCUAGGAAUCACCCUCCAGAAGAUACACACCAGCAUGUUUCAGCAUUGAUGGGUAAAAGUAAAUUUAUUAACUAUUUAUGGGUAAAGAAAAACAUUGAUGUCAACACAAUGUGUUGAGGGUUACUGUUAUGGCACGCACUUGGAUCUUGUCCCAACCAAGGUACACACUGUUCAGUAUUUCUCUUUAAAUGUAAUCUUAUUAACAUGCCCAAUUGUCUCCACUACAGCCUUACAGCUUUGCAUUAUGUGAUUUGAACUAAAUAACUUGCACUGCUUUUGUGCACAUCAUGUUGUUUUUAAUAACUUUAUUCUCAUUCCAAUAUGAUGAUGAUAAAAACCUAUACCUCACUUUUUCACUGUAUGAUUUUAACACAAUGAAAUGAAGUGGUCAUUUAUUGUUUACAGUACAACUUACCAAUUAAGCUUACACAAAAGCCAUGCAAGGACAGGAUUUUUACUAAACAAGAAUAUACCGUGUUUGUAUGCCUUUGUAUGUCAUUUUUACUGUUUUCUUAUUGUAGCUCUCCUAAUAAAGUAAAAUAUACAAUCUGA